AUGCCAACAGUAUUGAGUAAACUGAGAUUUUUAAAAAAAGAAUCUAUUCCUGCUAUUAUUGGAUGUAGUUCUGUACUUGCUAUUAUAGCACUUUAUAAAGCUAUGCAUGGUAUAAGAUCAUCAUCUAAAAUAAAAAAUAAUAGUUUUAAUAAUAAAAAUGAUGACAAAAAAAAGGAAAAAGCAUAUGUUAAUAGUACAUUUUUUAAAAAAUUAUGGAAAUUAAGAAAAAUUCUUAUUCCAAAAUUAUUUUCAGGAGAAAUAUUUUAUAUGCUUUUGAUUGCUUUUUCACUUCUUAGUAGAACAUAUGCUGAUGUAUGGAUGAUAACAACAUCAACAAAAAUAGAAGCAUGUAUUAUUGAAAGAAAAAAAAAAGAUAUGAUUAAAAAUACAAUACAUUAUUUAAUGUGUAUGCCAUUAGUAUCUGUUGUUAAUAAUCUUCUCAAAUUUGGUUUAAGUGAACUUAAAUUACGUUUUCGUGAAAAUUUUUCAUAUUAUCUUUAUGAUCAAUAUCUUAAAGAUUUUACUUAUUAUAAAAUGUCUAAUUUAGAUAAUAGAAUAUCUAAUGCAGAUCAAUUAUUAACACAAGAUGUUGAUAAAUUUUGUGAAGGAAUAGUUGAUUUAUAUUCCAAUUUAUCAAAACCACUUGUAGAUGUAGCAUUAUAUGUUUCACGUUUAGGAACUACUCUUGGUUUUCAAGCACCAGCUAUUCUUGGAUCAUAUUUACUUAUUUCUGGAAUAUUUCUUACUUAUCUUAGAAGACCUCUUGGUACAUUAACUGUUGUUGAACAACAAUUAGAAGGAGAUUUUAGAUAUGUUAAUUCUAGAUUAAUUACAAAUAGUGAAGAAAUUGCAUUUUAUAAAGGAAAUGAAAAAGAAAAAACAUCAAUUUUAAAUUCAUUUAAUAAAAUGGUUAAACAUUUAAGAUCACUUAUUAUUUUUAAAUUUUCAAUUGGUUUCUUAGAUAAUAUUAUUGCUAAGUAUAGUGCAACAACAGUUGGUUGGUAUACAGUUAGUGUUCCAUUUUUUGAUAAAAAUAAUAAAACAAUGAUGAAUAAGACAAAAGAUGAAUUGAUACAAGAUUAUUAUAAUAGUGGUAGAAUGAUGUUUAAAUUAGCUGAAGCAUUAGGAAGACUUGCAUUAGCUGGAAGAGAAUUAACAAGACUUGCUGGAUUUACAUCACGUGUUGAUACACUUCUUAAUGUUAUAAAAGAACUUCAAAGUGGAAAAUAUGAAAGAACAAUGGUUACUUCAGGACAAGAUAAUACUGAUAUGACAAUGCCUCUCUCAAAAGCUGGUAGUGGUAAAUUAGUUUUUCAAGAUAAUAUAAUUAAAUUUGAAAAUGUUCCACUUGUUACUCCAAAUGGUGAUGUUUUAAUAAAAUCACUAAAUAUGACUGUAAAAUCAGGAAUAAAUGUUUUAAUUUGUGGACCAAAUGGUUGUGGUAAAAGUUCAUUAUUUAGAACAUUAGGAGAACUUUGGCCGUUAUUUGGUGGUAAAUUAACAAAACCAGAAUCAGGAAAAUUAUUUUAUGUACCACAAAGACCAUAUAUGACAAUAGGAACAUUAAGAGAUCAAAUAAUUUAUCCUGAUACACAAAAGGAAAUGCGUAAAAAAAGAAUAACAGAUCAUGAUUUAGUUAAAUAUUUAGAAUAUGUUAAACUUGAUUAUAUUUUACAAAGAGAAAAUGGUUUAGAAUCAAUUCAAGAUUGGAUGGAUGUUCUUAGUGGUGGAGAAAAACAACGUAUAGCAAUGGCUCGUUUAUUUUAUCAUAAACCACAAUUUGCUAUAUUAGAUGAAUGUACAUCUGCAGUAUCAGUUGAUGUUGAAGGUGAAAUGUAUAAUAGGUGUCGUGAAAUGAAUAUAACAUUAUUUACUGUUUCACAUAGAAAAUCAUUAUGGAAAUAUCAUGAUUAUUACCUUCAAAUGGAUGGACGUGGAAAUUAUGAAUACAAAAAAAUUGAUGAAAAUUGUGAACAAUUUGGUUCAUAA